AUGAUCUCCAGUCUCGAUUCCGAGUCGCCUCUUAUGGGAACACCACCGGACAGCGAUUCCUCCGACAUCUACUUCGAUCCGGAAUCGUCGGACAUCGAGAAGACGAAGAACGAAGUGUACUUCGAUCCUAUAGCUACCUCGGACAGCGAAGUGGCUACGCCGAAUCUCGUGAACGGUUGUGACACAGUGAGAGCGAAGAAUACGCCGUAUCGCAGGAGGCCGGAGGUCAGCGUGGAACAUUCGGAAGACACGUCGGAGUCUACUUCGUCGAUAAGAAGGAACAAUUUGUGCGAGAAGGAGUACAGGACGAACGAGUUGACGUGCAACUCGGAGGAUUCGAACGAUAAAAGUUCGGAGGAGAUCACGUCGUCCAGUCACGAAUCGCUGUGGAGCACGUUCGACGAGAGCACGUUGUCCCUUCAGGACGAAAGUUCUCCGAGAAUCAGUCCUAGCUUAACCAUGCUUCAGAGCCGACUUCCAAAGUCGCAUUCCGAUUCCGAGAUUCCCGUCCACGGACCCAGCAUAACGAUCUCUCCCUCUUUGAGCAGAAGGGACGCAGAAAUCGGGGAAGGCACCGACGAAGUUGACUUCGUCAACGGUCUCUCGUCGAACGGUAUGCUCGAGGACAUAAAAAACGCGAGGAACCUCGCGAAGGAA